GGGGUGAAGUAACGUGCUGGGCUUAGUGCCAUAGGAAUACCACUCGUCUUCAGGACACCAGGCACUAAACAACAUGGCGGACUCCCCGACGCCCCGCAUCCUCAUGAUCGACCCGUCGCUGGUGUUCCGGCCGGAGGAAGCCAUCAAGAAGUCGGGAUGGAACUUCAGGAACUUCCCUGAGGAUUCGGACGACCCGCAGCUGAAGAAGGUCAAGGAGACCUACGUGAAGAUGCACACGAACCAGACGCUGGACUACGUCAAGAAGAAGCACGAGCACUGGCGGAAGUUCGACAAGUUCGAGGCGAGCAUCAUGGAGGCGCUGCAGAGGCUGAACGCGCUGGUGGACGAGAGCGACCCCGACGUGUCGGUGCCCAACAUCGUGCACGCCUUCCAGACGGCCGAGCGCAUCCGCGCCGCCCACCCCGACAAGGACUGGCUGCAGCACGGCCUCAUCCACGACCUGGGCAAGGUGAUGGCGUUCUACGGCGAGCCUCAGUUCUCCACCGUCGGCGACACCUUCGUGGUCGGCUGCGAGGUCGCGAAGUCGGUCGUCUACAGGGACACGACCUUCCACGACAACCCCGAUAUGAAGGACCCGAAACUUAAUUCCAAAUACGGAAUUUACGAACCCAACUGCGGCCUUAGCAAUGUGUACAUGUCUUGGGGCCACGACGAGUACCUGUACCACGUCCUCAAGCACAACAAGUCCACGCUGCCGGAGGAAGGUCUCUACAUGAUUAGAUUCCACUCCUUCUACCCCUGGCACACGGGGGGAGACUACAUGCACCUGUGCGACAACCGCGACCUGGAGAUGCUUCCUUGGAUCAGGGAAUUCAACAAAUUCGACCUGUACACGAAGAAGGAGGAGACGCCUGACAUGGAAGCCCUGAUCCCUUAUUACCAGUCUAUCAUCGACAAGUACUGCCCGGGCAUCCUGAAGUGGUAAGGAGCUACUGAAACUGUGAGAUUUACUGAAACGACGAGACAAGAUCUACCGAAACGACGAGCUAAUGUCUACUGAAACUAUAGGCUAAGAUUUGCCGAAAGCACAAGUUUAUGGUGUAUUGAAACUGCAAGUUAAGGACUACUGUAGCUACAAGGAUAGAUCUAC